AUGGAUUUUAAAAUAAACUUAAGCCAAACUUUGAUGUUGGAUGUCAUUCCUCUUUGCUAUGAAUUUUUAAACAGUUCCUGUGCAAAAUAUACUUACCCACUCCUUAUCAAAGUGCCACUCUAUGGUUUUUUUGGCUUGGUGGUGAUUUUGACAGUAUUUGGAAACUUUUUUGUCAUUCUCAGCAUCGUUCAUUUUAAACAGCUCCACAUGCCAACAAAUUAUCUCGUCCUUUCUCUGGCUGUAACAGAUCUGUUGUUAGGUGGAUUUGUUAUGCCUCUGAGCAUGAUCCGAUCUGUAGAGACUUGCUGGUAUUUUGGGACAUUAUUCUGUAAAAUUCACAGCAGUGUUAAUAUCACAUUGGUUACUGCAUCUAUUAUAAACCUGUGUUUUAUAGCUGUAGAUCGAUAUUUUGCUGUGUGUCAGCCCUUGUUAUAUAAGACUAUUACACCUUUUGUCACGUUGGUUAUGAUUUCCAUUUGCUGGAGUGUUUCAUUCACAACUGGAUUUGGAAUAAUAUUUCUUGGUCUUAACAUCCUGGUUACUCAAGAAUUUUAUAAUGAAAAUGUCGCCUGUGAAGGAGGUUGUGUUUGGUUCCAAAAUGCUGCCUCCAGCACAGCUUCGUCUUUGCUUUCUUUUUACUUUCCAGGGAUCCUUAUGCUUAGUAUUUAUACAAAAAUAUUCCAUGUUGCACAGAAACAAGCCAAAUCAAUUCAAUACUCAAAAAAUAAAACACAACCCUUGAUAAGCAAAGAGGAGAAAAAGGCAACAAAAACUCUGGCGGUGGUUAUGGGAGUGUUUCUCUCACUUUGGACUCCAUUUUUUUUCUGCAAUAUAAUUGAUCCUUUUAUUGGGUUUUUGAUUCCACCUCAAUUGUUUGAGGUACUGGUUUGGAUUGGUUAUUUAAAUUCUACUUGUAAUCCAAUGGUGUACGCUUUUUUCUACAAGUGGUUUAGAAAAGCACUGCGAAUUGUUUUAUCUGGCAAAAUAUUUCAGUUAGGUUCUUCAAGAAUAAAUCUUUAUUCACACUGA